AUGGGCUAUGGUUGCAGCUUCAAUGUUAGUCCAAGUGGUACAACUGGGGGAUUAAGCUUAUGGUGGAAGGAUGAUCAUGCAGUGAAGAUUGAGGACUUUUCUAAAUUUUUCAUUGAUACUACUAUCACAUCUAUAGAAUUGGGGCAUGUGUUUCAGGUGACUUGGAUGUAUGGGCCUCCUUAUCAGGAAGAUAAAGCUGACUUCUGGAGCAGGUGGAAUUUCAGCAAGCAAGGGAAUUGUCCGUGGCUGAUCAUUGGUGACCUCAAUGAAGUUAUUUUUCAGCAUGAGAGGGAAGGUGGAGCUCCAUGGGAUUAUUGUAGACGCAGGUACUUGAACCUUUUUAUGUCUACUAACUCCCUAAUGGACAUUGGUUUUAAAGACCCUAGGUUCACUUGGGCUAGGAAGGAGAAUGGGAUUAUCAUUUUACAGGAGUGUAUUGAUCGAAGUCUCAUAUGUCAUGAUUGGGUUUUGAACUGGCCAAAUUCUUGCCCUACUCAUCUUGCAAGAAUUAGGUCGGAUCAUAAUCCAUUACUCUUUACUACGGAUCCGGGAUGGAUCAAGAAAAUUCCCACCUUCAAAUUUGAUGCUGCUUGGGUCAAUGAUGCAGAGACUAUUCCUAUUAUAGAGGAAGCAUGGGUGAAAAAUCCAAAUAUGUCUAAUGUGUCACUUUGGAAUGAAAACUUGGGCAGAUGUCGCUCCAAACUGUUAGGGUGGAGUCGCCGCAAAUACCCUAGAUGUGAUAAAGAGUUAAUCAAGGAAUGUUUGUUUGACUUGGAGACUUUACAGUGUGCUAAUCCUUUUGAUAGUAUGAAGGAGCAGGAAAGGUUAUCUUCCAAACUUGGGGACUUGUGGAUCAAAGAGGAACAAUAUUGGCAUCAAAGGUCGAGCAUACAUUGGCUAACUGCUGGUGAUUCCAACACCCGGUUUUUUCAUCUCUCGACUCUCCACCGUAGGCAGUGGAACUGA